GCGCGCGCUGUUUCCGGAAGUGUCCAGGGUCUGUUUCGUGGCGGCCUCCGACAUCCCCACGCUGCUUUUGCUGCGGAACUCUGCGCGUGGACCGGCGUCGGCCUGGGCGGGGCCAAGGUUCCGUCUGCGCCGCAGGAUGGAGAUAAUCCGGAGCAAUUUUAAGAGUAAUCUUCACAAAGUGUACCAGGCCAUAGAGGAGGCUGACUUCUUCGCCAUCGAUGGGGAGUUUUCAGGAAUCAGCGAUGGACCCUCAGUAACAGCAUUAACAAGUGGUUUUGACACCCCAGAAGAGAGAUAUCAGAAGCUUAAAAAGCACUCCAUGGACUUUCUGCUGUUUCAGUUUGGCCUCUGUGCUUUUAAGUAUGACCAUGCAGAUUCCAAGCAUGUAACGAAGUCAUUUAACUUCUAUGUUUUCCCCAAGCCUUUCAGUAGGUCCUCACCAGAUGUCAAAUUUGUUUGCCAGAGCUCCAGCAUUGACUUCCUGGCAAGCCAAGGAUUUGACUUUAAUAAAGUGUUUUGCAGUGGAAUUCCAUAUCUGAAUCAGGAAGAAGAAAGGCAGCUGAGAGAGCAAUUGGAUGAAAAACGGUCUCAAGCCAAUGGGGCAGGAGCUCUGGCAAAAUGUCCUGUGUCAAUCCCUGAGGAUCAGAAGAAGUUUAUUGACCAAGUAAUAGAGAAGAUAGAGGAUUUCCUACCGAGUGAAGAGAAGAGGAGCCUGGAACUUGACCCAUGCACUGGGUUCCAAAGAAAACUUAUUUAUCAGACUUUGAGUUGGAAGUAUCCUAAAGGCAUUCAUGUUGAGACAUUAGAGACUGACAAGAAGGAAAGACAUAUAGUUAUCAGCAAAGUGGAUGAAGAAGAACGCAAAAGGAGAGAGCAGGAGAAGUACACAAAGGAGCAGGAGGAACUGAAUGAUGCUGUGGGGUUUUCAAGAGUCAUCCAUGCCAUUGCUAAUUCGGGGAAGCUGGUGGUUGGACACAAUAUGCUCUUGGAUGUCAUGCACACGAUUCAUCAGUUCUACUGCCCCCUGCCUGCGGAUCUGAAUGAGUUUAAGGAGAUGGCAAUAUGUGUCUUCCCCAGACUCUUGGAUACUAAGUUGAUGGCCAGCACACAGCCUUUUAAGGAUAUCAUUAACAACACAUCCCUUGCAGAGUUGGAAAAGCGGUUGAAAGAGACACCUUUUGACCCUCCUAAAGUUGAAAGUGCGGAAGGCUUUCCAAGCUAUGACACAGCUUCCGAGCAGCUUCAUGAGGCGGGGUACGAUGCCUACAUCACAGGACUCUGCUUCAUCUCCAUGGCAAAUUACUUAGGUUCUUUACUCAGUCCUCCAAAAAUGUGUGUGUCUGCCAGAUCAAAGCUCAUUGAACCCUUUUUUAACAAGUUAUUUCUUAUGAGAGUCAUGGAUAUUCCCUAUUUAAACUUGGAAGGGCCAGACUUGCAGCCUAAGCGGGAUCACGUUCUCCACGUGACCUUCCCCAAAGAGUGGAGAACCAGUGACCUGUACCAGCUCUUCAGUGCCUUCGGUAACAUUCAGAUAUCCUGGAUUGAUGAUACAUCAGCCUUCGUUUCUCUCAGCCAGCCAGAACAAGUACAAAUUGCUGUUAAUACCAGCAAGUACGCGGAAAGUUAUCGGAUCCAGACCUACGCUGAGUAUGUAGGAAAGAAGCAGGAAGGCAAGCAGGUCAAGAGGAAGUGGACAGAAGACAGUUGGAAGGAGGUGGACAGAAAGCGGCCGCACACACAGGGCCCCUGUUACCACACCAACAGCUUCACAGCAACCGGCGGGGUUGGGAAGAGAACACCGAGUCCCGACCCACGGGAAGCUGCCUCAGCGGACAGAGAAUCAGAGGAGAUAUCUGACUCGGAGCUUGAGCAGACAGAUUCCCGUGCAGACCCCCUCCCCGAGGGAAGGAAAAAGGCCAAGAAGUUAAAAAGAACGAAGAAGGAGCUUUCCUUAGCAGGAAGUGUCUCAGAUAGCCCUGCCGUGCUCUUUGAAGUCCCGGACACAUGGUAGUGGAGUACUGCUGCGACAGCCCAGCCUACCUUCUUGGAAGCCAUACUGUAGACACUUAAUCAGAUAUGGCUUGGGAGAGUUUUGGAACCAGCUUGUUUCCUGCAAAAGCUACUUUUUACUUUUUUUGGCUGUAUCUAUCGUCCCUUGUAAUCUAAACUGACCUUUGGCACAUGUCAUGGUUGAGGGCUUCUGCAAGCAUGUGUGUUAUUAAUUAAUUACUUCCUGCUCCUGGAAAACCUGCCUGCCCUGGUGAAUGUUGGCAAGUCCACCCAGGGAGUAAGUCAGCUGUGAACCAUGCCACGAGAGCCAACCUCCGGGGCGUCCUAGGCAGAUUUCUGCAGAGCUUCUCCUGCCUGAGAUGUACCGGCCAUCUUCCCACUGCUGCCCAGAAACAGCACGCAGGCUUGUCUUUUCCAUGGAGAUAUUCCUGUGCUAACUCAGGGUCAUCUCAACAGAUGCCCAGGCUUCCAGAGCUUCUUAUUUCAAGUUACCUUCCCUCAGAUAGAAGUCUUUCACGGGGUGUGGUGAUGUGUGGGUGUGAAGCUGGCUCUUCUGUUCCUAUACCCAAUGCUGUGUUCAUGGUGCAGCAGCGUCUCCUGUCUUUACUGUAUGUCUUUGUGUUAUCUGUAUCUGGGUACAUGGUGUGUGUGUGUGUGUGUGUGUGUCUGUGUCUGUGUCUGUCUGUGUGUGUGUAUGUCUGUAUGUGUUUGUGUGUGUCUGUGUGUGUGUCUGUGUCUCUGUGUGUGUCUGUAACAGUGGCAGGCCUACAGCAUGCAUCAAGUCCUCAUUCAGACAGGUUUCAAUGGCAGAGCAUCACUUGCUCCUGCAGGAUACUCCACAGCAGAUACUUCUGGUCAUGUAAUGCUUUUGUAUCAUGAAAAUAAAAGUGAAAAAAUAAUUUCAAAAGGAUGAAAUUAAAGAAAAUUUCCU